AUGGAAGUAGACCUUUGCUUUGUUAUGGACUGUACUGGUUCUAUGGGGAGUCACAUUAACGCUGCUAAAGCCUGUAUCCUAAAGGUGGCAAACCACAUGGAAAAGUUGAAGCCAAGUGUUAAAAUUCGAUUCAGUUUCUGUGGCUAUCGCGACCACUGUGAUGCUGCUAAUCGCCUGCAGAUUUUUCCCUUCACUGAAUCGUAUGUGCAUUUCGAAAGGGACUUAUCCACUGUUUCAGCCACGGGCGGUGGAGAUUCCCCGGAAGACGUCCUAGGAGGACUCAAUGCAGCCGUAAAUCAAAUGUCCUGGCGCAAUGAAGCCCGCAUAAUUUUUCAUAUCGGAGACUAUCCACCACACGGCAGUCGUUACAAAAACAAUGAUGAUAGCUACCCUAAUGGCGACCCGUACGGUCUAACUGCAGAAAGUGUGUUAGGGGAGAUGAAGUCCAAAAACAUCAUCUACUUUUUUGGGAAAAUCACACAUUUUACUAAUGAGAUGGUUAACAUAUUUCGCAGCAUAAUUGGAGAAUUUCCAGUGUAUGAUCUUAACACUGUAGAUACGGGGUUGUUAGUCAACAAAUUUUUUGAGGCCACCUGUUCGGUCAUCAAAACUGCUAUCUCACUUAUAGAAUAG